AUGCGUUCCGCUAUUGCCUUCACUCUCUCUACUCUCGCCCUUGCUGUCUCUGCAGCUCCGGCACCUCGAUCCGGAGGCACUGUUCAAGUUCAGUUUGCCAACGAUGCUUCUGGAGCAAACGGCAACGCCUUCAUCCCCCUUGAUGGAUCUGAAGUGAGCCUUGGACAGGCUUACGCCAACACCAAUCUCGCCAAGGAUGGCACUCUCCUCGUCACCAGCCUGCAGUUCACUUCUGAUUUCGCCAAUGUGGACUGUGUCGUAUUGAAGGAUUUCGCCAAAGUAGUUGCCAGCAUUGCUGACCCAGAGCGAGACUUCCAGAAGUUCUCUCAGACGCCUUUGGACUGGGAGACUGGUUUCACUAUCAGCUGCAUCAAGGUCUAA